AGACCAAGAGAGGGCUUUAAAAGCAAUAGGUAGUUUCUGAUCCCAAGAGUUACAUUGUAUCAGCAAAGGGUGAAGAAGCAUUUUUUUGUCUACAAGAGGGAUACACUUACCAGAAAAGAGAGAGAGGAAAAGACUGGCACACUUAUAAAUACGUUAAGCAGCAUACACAGAUCAAGACUCCAUCUACCUGAUCUUGGUGCAGAAAAAGUUUUUUGCCUGCAUUAGAGAUGGACCUGUACGAUUACCAGUGGGAAGUCAUUGAGCCAGCCCUGGAGGGCAAGAACAUUAUAAUUUGGCUUCCUACUGGCACUGGGAAAACCAGAGCAGCAGUGUAUGUGGCAAUGAGACACCUUGAGAUGAAACCCGGAGCCAAGGUGGCAAUGAUAGUAAACAAGGUGCACCUUGUGCAGCAGCAUCACAUUAAUGAAUUCCUACCUCAUCUGAAGGACAAAUACAAAGUCGUAGCCAUCAGUGGGGACACUGGAGAGAAGUCUUUCUUUGCUGAGUUUGUACAAAGAAAUGAUGUUGUUAUCUGCACAGCUCAGAUACUACAAAACGCAUUGACAAGCACACAACAAGAGAAGCACGUGGAACUAACAGAUUUUUCUCUGUUGAUCAUAGAUGAAUGCCAUCAUACACAUAAAGAUGGGGUAUAUAACAAGCUUAUGGAGUGUUACCUUCAAAAAAAGCUUUUGAAUGAUAGAAAUCUUCCUCAAAUCCUGGGUCUCACUGCUUCUCCCGGCACUGGCAAAGCGAGCGUCUUUGAGAAAGCUGUAGAACACAUCUUACAGAUUUGCGCCAAUCUCGACACAUGGAAAAUAAUGUCUGCACAGAUCCAGGAAGACGACCUGGUAGCUAAAGCCAAACAACCAACAAAGAAGUAUGACCUAGUUGAAGAACGGCCUCAGGAUCCCUUUGGAGAUAAGCUGAAGAUGCUCAUGAGAAAUAUACAUGAUUAUUUAGAUAUCAGCUCAACCGCAUUUGGCGAUUUUGGCACACAGGUAUACGAGCAGAAGAUUGUGGAGCUGGAAAAAGAAGGGGCAGUAGAAGCUAACAGAAUGAAACGAACAUGCGCAGUACACCUACGUAAAUAUAAUGAUGCGUUAUUCACCCAUGAUACAGUACGAAUGGAGGAUGCAUUUGAGUUUCUAGAAAUCUUCUACAUACAGGAGAGAUUCACCAAAAGUAUGGAUGACCCUACUAACCUCUUUCUUUGCCAGUUGUUUGAAGAUAACCAAGCCAGACUCUUAGAGCUGUCAAAAGACAAACUAUUUGAAAACCCCAAAUUGCUGAAACUGGAGGAAAUCUUGAGAGACCAGUUCCAAAGCUCAUGUGAAUCGCGAGGCAUCAUAUUUACCCGCACUCGGCACAGCGCCUACUCUCUUCAGAAAUGGAUUGAGAGCAAACCCUCGCUGAAGGAGAUGGGCAUUAAAGCAGCUCCUUUGACAGGUGCAGGUUUCAGCAACCAGAGCAAGCACAUGACACAGAAUGAACAGCUGGAAGUCAUCAAGAGAUUUCGUCAAGGCAACCUAAACCUGCUUAUCUCCACAAGUGUUGCAGAGGAAGGCCUCGACAUCCCACAGUGUAAUGUUGUUGUGCGCUUUGGUCUGAUGACCAAUGAGAUAUCCAUGGUGCAGGCCAGAGGAAGAGCUCGAGCAGAGGACAGCAGUUACUCAUUUCUGGCUAAAUGCAACAGUAAAGAAACUAAGCGGGAGAAAACCAACGAGCAUUUGGAGGAACUCAUGAAACGGGCCAUAAAACAUGUGCAGAACCUGCCAGAGAGAGAGUAUGAAAAGAAAAUUAAAGAGCUACAGAAAAAUUCUCUCAUUGAACGAAAAGUGAAGCAACAAAAGAAGGAGGAGCUAAAGAACACUUUCCCCCCCGAGAACGUGAGGCUGUACUGCAGGAACUGUAAUGAUGCUGUUUGCCUCGGGAGUCACCUGCGUACUGUGGAGUUUACGCAUCAUGUCAACAUCAACCCUGAUUUCAAAAUUUAUUACAAAGUGUCUGAUGUGCCUGUUCAUAUUGAUAAACAGAUGGAGGACUGGGUGCCAGGAGGGCGAAUCAGUUGCCACUGUGGCCAGGUAUGGGGCUUUGAAAUGAUCUACAAGGCGGUGAAGCUCCCUAUUAUAUCUAUCAAGAACUUUGUGGUGGAAACUCCUGAAUCCAAGAAGCCCUAUGGGAAGUGGAAGGAUGUCCCAUUCAGUGUGGAGGAAUUUGACUACCAAGAAUACUGCUUACUAACAAUACCCGACUUGUUGGACAAUUGAAGAGAUCUACCAAUGUGUGACCUCUGUAUAGGCCAUGCAGACUAAAUCAGUGCUGAUUAGUACAAGUUGGACAUUACCAUGGCAGAAGAAUGUAAAAUCAUCUCCUUGUCUUUGUUUCUUCAGCUUCUUCACUUUUCACAGUGUUUUGUGGGGAAAAAAUGCACUUUUGUCAGACAGAAAUCUAACUCCUUUGAGUAUUACUGUCCACGAUGUAGCUGGGAAUUAAUCCUAUUAUUGUGCUAAACUACACAUGCCAUCAUCUUGUUUGCCUACUGCUUUAUUAUACUUUAUUCCAAGAGCUAAUACAGAACCACCAAACUGUAUGAAGGACCAGUUGCUGAUCUGAAGUUUACAUAAAGAGAGUUCAAGAAGAGUGAGCGUGAAUAUUUUCCCUUUACUAACUCACCUAAUACCACCAAUAGAAGAUAUUUCCCUGAAAAUAAUUGUCCAACUUCAGCAAAAUCAACUAAUGGUACAAAUUUUGUGCUAGUUACAGUGGUGACAUCCAUUCUCCUGUCUGCUUGGUCAGCUAUAGUUUUGUUCAUGACCACAAAUCCUGGAUUUGAAGUUUAUAGUAAUUAUGAAUAAAUGGCCAUCUCUCAUGGUUUUUUUUUUAUACAAAACAUGUAUUGAAGGACCUUCAUAGCAUUACAGGCUUGCCAACUGGUGCACUGUUAGUAUGUAAUCUUCUAAGUGUUAUGCGUGUGUUCUACGUAUAUGGUUUUAAAGAUCAGGCAACAAAUAUGACCUUGCUGCACUGGAAUCAUUGUGGGUUUAGGAGGUUUUAAAGCCAGUUUUGAGGACCUGUAUGAGGGCACUUACCUCCUCUUACCAACCUUGCACAUGCUUAUGAUUAAGUUACCUUAUACUGUUUUACAUUCAUAAUCAUCUAGAAAUUUACAACAGAUGUACUAGAAAAGGGUAGCAGAUAAAUAUAUGCUGCAGGAUUCUCAAAUGUGUUUAUUUAGGACUACAUAUUGUUCAAGUGUGAUUGUUAAUUUUUGUUUACUUUUUUUUACCCAUGAUAAUUGUAGUAAAUUUAUUUUAAACAGGGUGUUUUCCUUCUGUAGUCUUUUAGCAUUAUCUGAUGUGUACUUAUGUAUAAAUUAUAAUUGGAAUAUUAUAAAAAACAAAUAAAAUGUAUUAAUUUGAA